AUGCCGAGAAACGGUGUAUUUGAAGAACUAGUAGUCUACUGUACAAAUAAAGAGUUUUUAUAUCUAAGAAAGUCGUUCUCUUCCUUUAAGCAUUAUGCGGGGGCGGAAGAUUGUGCCGGUUAUUUAAAAGGAAGAGCAGAUGUUGUUCGAUGUUCGUAUGUUGUCCCCGUAACGUAG